GAAAUGUAGUGUGCUAAUCAAAUUUUCCCACUAGGCUGUGCGAAAGAGACGGCGACCAGAAAAAGCGUGAAAAUGGCGUCCCGAACGUUUGGACAAAAACCGGCGUCUUUCGCCUGGAAGAUGGCGGCGAGAAGUACAUGAUAGGUUCUGAGGUGGGGAACUAUCUGCGGAUGUUCCGAGGCUCGCUCUACAAGAAGUACCCAUCACUAUGGAGACGACUGGCCACAAUAGACGAGAGGAAACGAAUUGCGGAAGUCCUCACACAAGCUCAACUUGAACAGGGAGCCAAAGUAGGCGUAGGUGACUCUGGUCACACCAGCCUGGCGACGAACAUCACCUUGCUGCGAGCGCUGGAGGUAGAGGAUAUUCUGGAAGGGAACGAUGAGAAGUACAAGGCCGUGUCGCUCAACACCGAACCCAUACAGAUCAAAGAUGCGAAGCCUAAGCGGAGUAACUGGGUCCCAGCCCUGCCCAACAGUUCCCACCACCUGGACGCUGUGCCCUGCUCCACUCCUGUUAACAGACACAGGAUCGCCACCAAGAAGAUACGCACCUUUCCUCUCGUAUUCGACGAUCACGAUCCGUCCAUCAUCCAUGAGAACGCGGCCCAGCCGGAGGUGCUUAUCCCUAUCAGACUGGACAUGGAGAUAGACGGGCACAAACUGAGGGACACAUUCACAUGGAAUAAAAAUGAACAAAUCAUCACACCAGAGCAGUUUGCUGAGAUCUUGUGUGACGAUCUGGAGCUGCCAUCUCUGUCCUUCGUCCCCGCUAUCGCCCAGGCCAUCAAGACUCAGAUAGAGGCCUACCCUACAGACAACAUCCUAGAGGAACAGAUGGACCAGAGAGUCAUUCUCAAGUUGAACAUCCAUGUAGGAAACAUAUCUCUGGUGGACCAGUUUGAAUGGGACAUGUCGGAAAAGGACAACAGCCCAGAAACCUUCGCGCUCAAACUGUGUACGGAGCUCGGUCUCGGCGGAGAGUUCGUCACGGCCAUCGCAUACAGCAUUCGCGGACAGCUCAGCUGGCACCAGAGAACCUACGCUUUCAGUGAGGCACCACUACCGACGGUGGAAAUCGCGGUGCGUAACCAGGGAGAAGCGGACCAGUGGUGCCCGUUCCUCGAGACACUGACAGACGCUGAGAUGGAGAAGAAGAUACGCGACCAAGACAGAAAUACAAGGAGAAUGAGAAGACUUGCCAAUACUGCACCAUCCUGGUAGGGAACAACUGAGCCUGUAGGGUGAGAAGGAAAAGGAAAAGAAGAAGACAGCAUACGUGAAAACUGCCACAGUUAUAAACAGUCUCAUUCCUUGUUGUCAGUGUAUAAAUUGUAGCAUACUAGCUUUACUUACUUAGGUUUACAAGGACAGAGUGUUGAAUGGCGUAGCAUCAGUCUUGUUAUUCUGAGGGACCAUUUUGAAGUACGUAGUACGUAUUUGUGAAAAUGGAAACGAUGUUGUUUCUGUCAAGAUACACUACAACUACAAAAUCUCUAUACAUGUCAUAACUAUAUGAUAAUAUAUCAAUAGUUGUUUGUGCUGUUGUAAACAUCAUGGAAAAAUUCUUAUAAGUACUCAAUGGAAGUGGCCAAGAAUGAACAUUGGAACACCUGAAGUGAUAGUUUUAGACAUUAGAAAAGGAAACAAAGUAAACAAGAAAUAAAAAAUCUCAUACUUCCAUUAA